CAGGGGAGGCACCCGGCUCACUUUUCCACAUCACUUCACAGUUACAUUUGGCAGGCAAGCGGGCUCGCACGCCGGAGCGCUCGGCCCAGAAUUAGUGGAUGGAUUUCGAGUCUCCCUGCCUCUUCGAAGCUCCGCCGCCGCCGCUUUGGGCAUAAACCAGAGCGUCAACACGCCAGCUGUACUUUUGGGCUGCGGACACCCAGAGCCCAGCGCGCCCGCUUUGCGUCUCCGUACCAGGCUCUGCAGCUCCGAGAGGCAUGAACGCGAUUCGGAGACGACUACCCGGAGAGCGGGCAUUCGUGGACACUUGCCGCCCUCAGGAGAUGACCCCCAGCUCCUCCGGCCAUUUAUGAACCUGGAGGCUUGAGGUUUUUCCGCAGCCCGGAGCCCGCAACCUGAGAAAUUUCAAUGAAAAGGAAAGCCAUUGGAUCGUGGUCUUUGAAAAGCUGCUUAGACAUGUCUGUUUCCUGGUUCUCUGAACACGUGGCAGAGCUGUAAGUAACCGCUCCACACUACGUGAUGAAUUGGAUGGCUUCAGACCCGAGGCAAAAAUAAUAAUUGUCUCAUUUUCGCGCUGAUUUGCUUAACUGGUGGGACCAUGCCAGAAAGGCUAACUGAGACGCUCGUGGACCUCUGGACUCCAUUAAUAAUAUUAUGGAUUACCCUCCCCACUUGUGUGUACAUGGCUCCGAUGAAUCAAGCUUACGCUUUAACCACUGGAUCCCCCUUGGAACUAAGCAGGCAGAGUGAAGAACUGCGGAUUUUGAACCGCUCCAAAAGAGGCUGGGUUUGGAAUCAAAUGUUUGUCCUGGAAGAAUUUUCUGGACCUGAACCGAUUCUCGUUGGCCGGUUGCACACAGACUUGGAUCCUGGAAGCAAAAAAAUCAAGUAUAUCCUAUCAGGUGAUGGAGCUGGGACAAUCUUUCAAAUAAAUGAUAUAACUGGAGAUAUCCAUGCUAUAAAAAGACUUGACCGAGAGGAAAAGGCUGAGUAUACACUAACAGCUCAGGCAGUGGACUGGGAGACAAACAAACCUCUUGAGCCUCCUUCUGAAUUUAUUAUUAAAGUUCAAGACAUCAACGACAAUGCACCAGAGUUUCUCAAUGGACCGUAUCAUGCUACUGUGCCAGAGAUGUCCAUUUUGGGUACGUCUGUCACUAAUGUUACAGCCACCGAUGCAGAUGACCCAGUUUACGGAAACAGUGCAAAGUUGGUUUACAGUAUCUUGGAAGGACAGCCGUAUUUUUCCAUUGAGCCUGAAACAGCUAUUAUAAAGACUGCCCUUCCAAAUAUGGACCGAGAAGCCAAGGAGGAGUACCUGGUCGUAAUCCAAGCCAAAGAUAUGGGAGGACACUCUGGAGGUCUGUCUGGAACCACAACACUUACAGUGACCCUUACUGAUGUUAAUGACAAUCCUCCAAAAUUUGCACAGAGUUUGUAUCACUUCUCAGUACCAGAGGAUGUGGUUCUCGGCACUGCAAUAGGAAGAGUUAAAGCUAAUGAUCAGGAUAUUGGUGAAAAUGCACAGUCAUCCUAUGAUAUCAUUGAUGGAGAUGGAACAGCACUAUUUGAAAUCACUUCUGACGCCCAGGCACAGGAUGGUGUUAUAAGACUGAGAAAGCCUCUGGACUUCGAGACCAAAAAAUCCUAUACACUGAAGGUGGAGGCAGCCAAUAUCCACAUCGACCCACGUUUCAGUGGCAGGGGACCCUUUAAGGAUACAGCAACAGUCAAAAUUGUUGUGGAGGAUGCUGAUGAGCCCCCAGUCUUCUCUUCACCAACUUACCUCCUUGAAGUUCAUGAAAAUGCUGCUUUGAACUCUGUGAUUGGCCAAGUGACAGCACGUGACCCUGAUAUCACUUCUAGUCCAAUCAGGUUCUCCAUCGACCGUCACACUGACUUGGAAAGACAGUUCAACAUCAAUGCAGAUGAUGGGAAGAUAACACUGGCAACUCCACUUGACAGAGAAUUAAGUGUCUGGCACAACAUCACCAUCAUUGCUACUGAGAUCAGAAACCACAGCCAGAUAUCCCGAGUGCCCGUUGCUAUUAAAGUGCUGGAUGUCAAUGACAACGCCCCUGAAUUCGCAGCCGAAUAUGAGGCAUUUUUAUGUGAAAAUGGAAAACCCGGCCAAGUCAUUCAAACAGUAAGUGCCAUGGACAAAGAUGAUCCCAAAAAUGGACAUUAUUUCUUGUACAGUCUUCUUCCAGAAAUGGUCAACAACCCAAAUUUCACCAUCAAGAAAAAUGAAGAUAACUCCCUGAGCAUUUUGGCAAAGCAUAAUGGAUUCAACCGCCAGAAGCAAGAACUCUACCUAUUACCUAUAGUGAUCAGUGACAGUGGGAACCCACCUCUGAGCAGCACCAGCACCUUGACUAUCCGGGUCUGUGGCUGUAGCAAUGAUGGUGUGGUCCAGUCAUGCAAUGUUGAAGCUUAUGUCCUUCCCAUUGGACUUAGUAUGGGCGCCUUAAUUGCCAUAUUAGCGUGCAUCAUUUUGCUGCUAGUCAUUGUGGUUCUGUUCGUUACCCUAAGGCGGCAUAAAAAUGAGCCAUUAAUUAUCAAAGACGAUGAAGAUGUUCGGGAAAACAUCAUUCGCUACGAUGAUGAAGGAGGCGGGGAGGAGGACACAGAGGCUUUUGACAUUGCAACUUUGCAAAACCCAGAUGGAAUUAAUGGAUUUUUACCCCGUAAGGAUAUUAAACCAGAUUUGCAGUUUAUGCCAAGGGUGGGGAAUGCCAACUCAAAGGUGGGAGGAGAGAAAUGCCAUUCAAACAGGCUGUGUCUAGAAGCAGGAUUCCUGGUUCCCUCCACUUCAUCUUCUUCCACAAGGACACAGAGAUAAACUGUAUUCCAGAGUGGACCACAUCAGAGACAGAUGGUUUUAUUGCUAGCGUGUGAAUUUAUUUGUUUAAUCCUCAAAAUAAAUAUUUUAUUGAUGUCCAAUAAUGCUUUUAUUUAUUAAGGUUGGUAAUCUAUAGAUUAAGGAAUUAUAUUGGGGGAAAAUUAAAUUAUAUCCAUUAAUAAUCCUUUAGAUUGUUUUAUAUUAAUAUCUAUACAAUGAAUGUUUAAUACAUGUACAUUUUGAUGAGCUAAGUAUGGCAGGCAAUAUUAUCAAGGGGAGAGGUAAUAGUCUCUUUAGAGUAGAAAGUGUUUUGUGACUGGUAAUGACCGGAACAGCAUUUCCCAGAGAAACUUUUGGACUGUUUUCUAUUUUCUUCAUAAUCCUAGUAUUUGGUGUUUUUACUACAAGCACAAACAUCUGAAAGUAUAUUGAUUCCUGUGAAUAUUUAAACUCUAGACUUUUAGAUAUUUACAUAAUGCCCCACCCAAUAAAAAUGCUUCAAGUUGUCCUCCCCCAACUAAUUUAAAGCAGGAACUGAUUUGUACAUAAUUUUACUGCUUAUGUUUUUUACACUUCUGUCCCUGGUCAUGGUGAUGCGCAGAACGUGUUAGAUUACAAAAACAGAGCAACACUAGGAGAUGUGAGCAUAUUUAAUUUGUAAUGCAAACCUGCCAUGUAGAAGUAGAAAAUGUAUGAUAAACCUCAAGUAUUACAUGCAGAUCAUUUUACUUUUCUACUUUGCUUUAAUGCAAUAUUGUUUAUUUACUCCAUGUGUUGUAUUCAGAGAAACUCCUGUAUUGUUUCCUACUUUGUGAAAUAUAUUUUUAUAAAUACCUUUGUUGUCAUCAUUUUGUCCAGCUACAUGAAGAUUUCUUGGCAGAACAAUUGACUUUAACUGAAAUUCCAAACUGUGCAAUCAAAUCAUACUGUGGGGCACUUUUAGUUUUAAGAGUCUUUAUUAUAAUAAAGAACCAGAGAAGAGGAAUGGAUUGCUAUUGAUCCCAUAGCAAGAAAACAUCAGAGACAUAAAAAUAAAUGCCAUCACUAAAAGGCAGUCUAGUAUGACUUUGGGGCCCCUGGAGGCAGAAGGUGGGAUGGAGUUAGCAGGAAAGGAACAAGAAGCAAUUGUGCAUAGGAAAAGCCUACACUGUGGAGAUUACAGUCCAACAUGUGAAGAAAUGAAGGGAUAAAGAACAGGAUUUGGAGAAAGAACCUAGACUACAUUGCAGAUAUGAAAAUCAUUGUUUCCUAGAUCCUUAGAGGAUCCAAUAUAACAAGAUAGGUAGACUAUUGUCACCUGCUACCUCAGUCCCUAGCUUGGGCUACCUAAGAAAGGCAUGGGUUUGGCUUGGAGAUGGGGGACAGUUUCUGGAAGCUGUCUCCAUCAUGACAGAAACAAAGUGACUAAGUAUUCAAUUAAAAUUUAAUAAGUAUCCAGUAGCUUACCACCUCCUUCUUGUUCCCUAUUGCCUGAACAUAAUCCUUUCAUACUUAUCUGAGUGGCUACUGAACACUUUUCAUGAAGUCAGAGUCUACAGUGACUUUUCUAUAUCGCAGAUUAGCAAGAGUCAUAAAAUACGUUGAUAUCAGUUAUAGUAACACUAAAAUCCCAAAUCCUAACUCUCUUUCAUAUUAUAAACUAAAGUGGAAUUACUUUUUAUUUUCCCCUUUCACUUCACUCAUCUCUCUUUACUUUGUAGGAAACUACUGUACAGAGACAUAUUUAGCUGACAUAUCACAGUAUUCUUUUACAGGAAUAUAAAAAUCACCAUCCUCAGCAUUGUUGAUCAGUAGAAAUAUUCAUAUGAUAGUGCAUAUGACAGGAGGCAAUGUAGGCUGAAUCAGUUUUCCCAAUCUUCCUUUAAAUUUUACUUUGCCCAGGAAGACAUCAUGUAAACUUGAACUCCAUAUUAACACUUCUUUCCACUACCAUCUAAGCAUUUUGUGCAUUGAAGCCAAUAUAAAGUUUUGAUAAUCUGGAUAAAGUGGUGCUGUGUAUGGUUAUGUGUGGAUAAUAUGGUUUUGGUAUGUGAAAUACACUUUUAGAGUACUCUGAAUUUAAAUUAUACCCCAAAACCCACACACAUACAAGUAAGCUGUAACAUUUCUUUAGCAACAAACUUACUAGAAUUCCCACAUUCAAAACAGGGAAACAGAGAUCCAAAGUGUUUUAUUAAAAUUUAAGGAUUCCUUCCUCAACUUUUCAAGUGAUGCAUUUUAACUUUAUUAUCAUUUUAUAUUAAUGAAAUUCUUUUGUGUAAACAAUGCUGACACAUCAAAUGAAUCUCCACACAUGUAUGGUUAUUUAUCAACUAUAAUAGUGCUUCAUUUGACACUCAUUCUAUUGUGUCUAUAGUCUUUGUGUGUCCCAAGCACCAGUCCCUUUUAAUCAUUGCCCAAGAAUUCUGUGCCAAAUAAUAUGUGAAAAGGAGCUAGUCUCCCUUUGCUUACUUCACUGCAAGGAUCUCCUCUGAGGAACUGAGGUAUCCUCGCAUGACUGGAGACCACAUGGAAUCAACCCUUGCCUCUAGUUUCCAUGUGAUUUGAUCAAACACUUUUUUUUCAUCUCUACACAAACAUAUUACCAAAUAUUAACAAAGCAUUCCUUAUAAUAUUCUUACUAUGAGUGCAGUCAAUAUACAAUUUAAAAUGGUUUAUGAUAAUACAGCUGAAGUAUUCUAUAAAAUAUAUUCAUGUGUUACCUGUCCCACACCAAAUUGUGCUGUCCAUGAUACAAACUUUACAGUAAAAAUGUUUUGUACCCCAAAAAAGGGGGGAUAAGUGUAUGUGUGUAUACAACAUGAAAGGAAACUUGGAUUCAUUAGUAUCCCCAGUGAAGCAAGAAUCCAAGGAAAGAGACAAAUGUGUCUUUUGAGAGUUUGCUUAAUCAUAUGCUUAAAGUAAGACAAGUCUCUGCAUGAGACUUAGAAAUCUCCUAGGAGCAGCCGACUCCACACUGAGAAUCCACAGAGAGCUGGGCUAUCUGUAUUUUAGAGAAGGAAAGCGGGUGCUGAGAGCUAAGUAGCCAAUUACUUUUUAUAGCCACAUAAGGACUGGAGGCAAGUAGUCCUUUGCAACAUGUUGUAUUAUGCGGUCGUUGGCUUUGCAGGGAACCUCACGAAUGUAUAACCUUCUGAUUGCCUUUUUGAUUGAAAGUUCCAUCUGAGAUCAAGGCACUGCAACCAGUAAUAAGAUUUCAAAAAAUCCCAUCACUGGCACUGUUGGAAAGGUUGAGCGUGCCUGAAAUCCCAUCACUGUCAGUCAAAGAGAUAAGGUAACAGUGGGCAUCACUAUAAAAGCUGCAUGAAUGCACAAUUUAAACAUGAACAUCAACACAAAAAAGAAUGUGCACACAUUCGUGUGAAUGUCCAUUUAGAUACAUCUAUACCCAUAGAUAUGCAUGUACACAAAUACACACACACACACACACACACACACACACACACACACACACACACAUACACACACUUGAGAUAAAUUACUUUGGAGAAUUUAAACUAAUGUGUUCUCAUUUCAAUAAUAGUGUUUCCAUUUCACAGUCUCACAGACUAUUAAAAAAAACUUGAAAUGAUGGUUCUUUGUUUUUCUGACUCUAACCUUGAAGUUGAAAGAAAUCUGUCUUGGGGUAAAAGGUUUUAAAUGUGAAUUUUGAAUUUUGUUUAUGAACAUAACAAUAACUCAUAAAGCCUGGGAUUAGGAUUAAAUGCAUCUCACUGAGAAGCUGGAUUUGGAUGCUUUUGUAUCAUUGUAUUUUUGUGAAGAUAAUAAUUGUAGAAUAUAUUUUGUAGGAAAUAAUUUUCUCUAUGUUUACGUUUCUUUGAUUCCAACACAGUUUUCUUUGCUAAACAAAGUCCUUUGCAUUGUUGCUCAGAUGGCCAAAAAGUGAAUAAACUGUUUACUAUCA